GUGGGGGCGGGGGAGGAGAAGACGAGGAGGCAGCCGGCGAGCGUACAGCCUGUUGCUAAGCCUUGAAGGAAGCUCCGUGCUCGGGCUGCGCUCAGGGUCACUGUCCUCAUCAGCCCACUGACUUGUGAGAGCUUCUGGACCAGCAAUGUCAGAAAAAGCUAACAACUUCCCUCCACUGCCAAAGUUUAUCCCUCUGAAGCCCUGCUUCUACCAGAACUUUGCUGAUGAGAUUCCAAUAGACCACCAAUAUAUCGUGAAAAGGAUUUACCAUUUAUGGAUCUUUUACUGCAUCACCCUCAUGGUGAAUCUCAUUGCCUGCCUGGCUUGGUGGAUUGCCGGUGGUGAUGGAGUGAACUUUGGCCUGGCUAUACUCUGGUUGGUUCUCUUCAGUCCUUGCAGCUACGUGUGCUGGUUCCGGCCUGCCUACAAAGCCUUCAGGGCCGACAGCUCGUUUAAUUUUAUGGCGUUCUUCUUCGUCUUUGGCGCGCAGUUUAUCCUGACCAUCUUUCAAGCAAUCGGCUUCCCCAAAUGGGGAGCAUGUGGCUGGUGGUCAGCAAUCUUCUUCUUCCAGACAAAUGCCGCGGCCGCAGUGUUCAUGCUCUUCCCGGCCAUCAUGUUCACCCUGUCGGCGGCCAUCAUGUGUGUGGUGCUUGUGAGGGUCCAUCGGUUCUACCGUGGCUCGGGCGGCAGCCUCCAGAAAGCCCAGGAUGAGUGGACCACAGGAAGCUGGAGGAACCCACCCACCCGGGAAGCACAGUUCAGCAACUUCUCAGGCAACAGCCUGCCCGAGUACCCCACUGUGCCCAGCUAUCCCUCUGGCAGCCACUGGCCCUAGGCUGAGCCCAGCCGGCCAGUGGCACCUUCUUUUUGCUUAUUUUGAUUUAAAAGUUUGUUUGCAUUUGUUCUCCCCACCCCCUCCCCCCAUCAUCCAGUGGGGGAUGGGAUGGGGAUGGGGGGAGGUAUUUUACUUUUCAGUGGGAGAGACCAAGCUUCCCCAACAAUGAGGUUUCCUUUGGAGCAUCCUUUAGAAUUUGGCACAUGACAUGUAUCUGUGCCUGGCUGCCAGUAUUCGUUCAUCUCACUUCAGUCCCUUCACUGUCACUGGCCAGGGAGCCUUCUUCAACCAGCUUCCUUAUAGCAGUGACCCCACAGCUUCCCCUGGAAAGGCUCAGUUACUAAUACGCUCCAAGUCCUUCCCUUGACCCUUUGUACCCUGAGGCCCGCUGGGUAAUGCCCUUCCACCUUCCACUCCUGUCAAGCCCAUCAGAAACCACAGACUCUAAAGGAGUCGUCAUGGGUUGGGGGCCCUCGCCCUGACAGCUGAGCAGGAGCCAGGUUCAGACAGACUCAGGGGCACUAGCAUGACUUACAGUUUGGAAGGAAGUAGAGAACUGGUGUCACCUAAGGCAAGGCUGAGUCAGCCUGAUCCGGCCCCGUUGGCAGAAGAGCCUAAUCUGCAAUUACUCCAUUGUCCCCUGAGUUCCCCCUUCCAAGGAGAAUAGUGCAUACGUUGGACUUGCUAGUGGAGGAAGGUCCCAUUGGCUGUUGUAGAUUCAUUGGCUACCUCUAGCUCAGGCCACUGGUCAGCCUGGAUCAGACUGAGUCACUCUUCUGGGCUACUUUUUGUGCCAGAUCAUCCUUAGAAGCCUCUAUCGCUUGACCUUAGACUGAUAACCUAGGAGGCUCAUGGUGCUUUUGUAUUGCGUUGGCUAGAGUCUGGUUACAGGAGGAGUUUGCCAAGACUAGGAACCUUCUACAAAAACAGAGAAAUGAAACCCCUUCAUUGGCUGAAUUGGUGGAGAGCAGGUGGGCAUUUCCCCAGCCUCGUGAAAGGCUCAGGAGUGUCCUCCUCUCAGCAUGUGAGCAAAAAUAAGGUCAAGGGAAGACAGUUCUUUUACUGAAGUCAGAGUUGGCAUAUCAUACAUUGGUGCAUGUCUGCAGCCUGUGUCCUGACAAAAACUGGAUUAAAGUCAGAAAAUAAGAAGGUGCCUCACCCUCAGGGGCCUCUUCAGGAAACAUAGUGGUCGUCCUCUUGCACUUACAAGUUUGCUUUACAGUUACCUUUCUCUUAAGCAUUAACAGGUUUGGGGCUGCUGCAGGACUCCCAGGUCCACAGUAUAAUCUUGUCACCUCCCCUUGAUUUUCCUUCCAGUUGUUGACUCUGGUUUGGGGCCAGAGUGAGGAGCUGGGCUGAUCUGUGAUCUUUCAUCACAGGCCCGGCCUCCUUCCCCCCGGGAUCCCCAGGACCCUGGUAACAAGCUCUCACAAACCCAAGCUGGAAGCACAGGCUGGGGUGACCUGCAAACACAAUUCUCAUCCAUUCAUAACAAUGCUUUACAGCUAUCUCCUUGCAGAAAAGCCUCCGAUGGAAGGAACUGGGGGGGCCAAGGGCUUCUCCCCAGUCCUCAGAGACAGCUGUUUGGCUGCAGCCCCAGAGGUGUGAGGCUGUCCCCACAGCUGAGCUCUCCGGUGGGUUUUUUCGGUUCUCCAUCCUCACCUGCAGCCUUCUCACAGCAGGGCAGAACCUCUGAGGGCACUGCUGCCCUCACAUACUGACCUGGCCCUGGAGUGAGCUUUCAGUGGAAAUAAUUACUACAAGUCUAUGUGCCUUAAGAAAGAACUAGAAAAAAAAUGUUUGGGUUUUUCUUUUUAGAUUUUAGGUGACAAGUUUUCCCUCCUUUGGGUCCGUUCUCACAUUUUCCUAAAAGAUUUUGUAAACAUUUAUAGAACAGAAAUUGAUAUGCAGUCACUGGGAUCUGUGGAACACCUUUGUUAACAGGCCAAAAACCAAAGUUUUGUAACUUUUAGCACAACAACAAAGGCUCCCUGAGAUGUUUGUUCCCGAGAUGUCUGUGACUCCCCAAAGUAGUCAUCUCCUUGACCUCUGAUUUCCUCUCCAUUCCUAAGACAGCGACUGCUUUCCUGCUGCACUCCUUUGUAAAUACAGGGACUGCUGCCUCGCACCAAGUUCUCCGAUGCAGCAGGAUCCUGUUCCUCCUCCCCUCCCCCCUUAUGUGAUGUGCACAGAAUGAAUGUUACAGGUGACUGCCGCCCCUCUGUCCACAGUGGCCAGACGGCCUGGCCUCUCAUUGCCUGUUAGAGGACAGGAGGAUCCACCUGUCUGCCAGCCGCAGGUCCUGAGCCCAGAGUGCUGAGCUCCCGCUAACCUUCCAAAAACAUGCCUCCAGGCCCAGAAGCAGCUUGCAAGAACCCUGGCUGGAAGGACACACUGUGUAAACCAUUGUGGCUUAUUUUUGUAAUUAUUUUUUUAAUAUAUAUAUUUCUAUUAGACUCGUACGGCAUUAACCCUGGGGGAGGGGAAAGUAGUUUUUGGAGUCUGCCAACAAGUUUGUUUCCCCUCCCCUCUUUGGCAUCAUGUUAUAUUGUGGUGGUUUUUGUUAUGCGAAAUUAUCCUUAAAAUAAAUCCUUUUUCUGCAUCAGA